GAGGGGGGGUUGGCAAGGCCAUGCUGAGCCCACCCCCUGCCCCCCAGCCUGCAUUUCCUGGAGCAGAGGCUUCUGUGGGACGGUGGCAGGGUCUCUCGCUGGCUGAGCACUCGGCUUGGGUGUCUCUGGGAGGUGUGUGGAGGGGAGACCCUGCACCUCCAGGGUCAUGCAAGUGCAUCUCAGAGAGCAGGGCCAAAGCUGGGAGGGGUGAGUGGUGGAUCAUUAACCAACUGGAAGUCCUGGGAGGUGUGGGGCUCAGCCCAUUGGUCCCCAAUGCAGUCAGGCCAGGCUGGAGGCUGCCUUGCAGUGCCCCCUGGACUCAGCCCUUAGCUGUGCCUGCCUUCCCGAGGCCUGGCCUCACUUCCGUCUGACCCCUGCCUGGUGCUGGGAUGGCAGAGGCCAGCCUGAGGGGCUGGCUGCUCUGGGUCCUGCUGCUGCGGGUGGCCCGGGCCCAGCUGUAUACGCCCGUCCACCAGCCUGGCUACUGCGCCUUCUACGACGAGUGUGGGAAGAACCCCGAGCUGUCUGGGGGAAGCCUGGCUUCACUGUCCAAUGUGUCCUGCCUGUCCAACACGCCUGCCCGCCACGUCACGGGCGACCACCUGGCCCUCCUGCGGCGUGUCUGCCCCCGUCUCUACACCGGACCCAACACCACCUACGCCUGCUGCUCCCGGAAGCAGCUGGUGUCCCUGGAGAACAGCUUGGCGGUCACCAAGGCGCUGCUGACCCGCUGCCCAGCCUGCUCGGACAACUUCGUGAGCCUGCACUGCCACAACACCUGCAGCCCCAACCAGAGCACUUUCAUCAACGUGACGCGUGUGGCCGCGCGCGGGGACGGCCAGCCCCCGGCCGUGGUGGCCUACGAGGCCUUCUACCAGCGCAGCUUCGCUGAGCAGACCUACGACUCCUGCAGCCGGGUGCGCAUCCCCGCGGCGGCCACUCUGGCCGUGGGCGCCAUGUGCGGCGUCUACGGCUCCGCCCUCUGCAAUGCCCAGCGCUGGCUCAAUUACCAGGGCGACACUGGGAAUGGCCUGGCGCCACUGGACAUCACCUUCCACCUGUGGGAUCCCAGCCAGGCUGCAGGGAGCGUGAUGCAGCCUCUAGACGCAGAGCUCACUCCCUGCAACCAGUCCCUGGGCGGCACGACCGCCUGCUCCUGCCAGGACUGUGCCGCGUCUUGCCCGACCAUUGCUCAGCCAGAGGCCCUGGACGCCACCUUCCGCCUGGGUCGCAUGGCGGGCGGGCAGGCCCUCGUCAUCAUCCUGUGCUCGGUCCUCGCCGUGCUCACUGCCUUCCUCGUGAGGAUGCGCCUGACCUCCAGGGACCGGGACAGGGCGUGGGACCCCAAGGCCAGCCCCAGCCUCUCCAACCAGCUCAGCCUCUCCACGCACACCUUCCUCAGCUCGUGUUUUGAAGGCUGGGGCACGUGGGUGGCCUCGUGGCCGCUGACAGUCCUGCUGGUGUCCACUGCUGUGGUGGCAGCCCUGGCCGGGGGGCUGGCCUUCAUGAAACUGACCACGGACCCGGUGGAGCUGUGGUCAGCCCCCAACAGCCAGGCCCGGAGGGAGAAGACAUUCCAUGACCAGCACUUUGGCCCCUUCUUCCGAACCAACCAGGUGAUCCUGACGGCGCCUACCCGGCCCAGCUACAGCUAUGACUCCCUGCUGCUGGGGCCCAAGAAGUUCAGCGGGGUGCUGGACACUGACCUGCUGCAGGAGCUGCUGGGGCUGCAGGAGAAGCUGCGGCACCUGCAGGUGUGGUCACCCGAGGAGCAGCGCAACGUGUCUUUGCGGGACUUCUGCUACGCCCCGCUCAACCCGCACAACACCAGCCUGUCCGACUGCUGCAUCAAUAGCCUCCUGCAGUAUUUCCAGAGCAACCACACGCGCCUGCUGCUCACCGCCAACCAGACGCUCACGGGGCAGACCUCCCGGGUGGACUGGAGGGACCACUUCCUCUACUGCGCCAACGCCCCACUCACCUUCAAAGAUGGCACGGCCCUGGCCCUGAGCUGCAUGGCCGACUACGGGGCCCCCGUCUUUCCUUUCCUCGCCGUGGGGGGCUACAAAGGGAAAGACUACUCUGAGGCAGAUGCCCUGAUCUUGACCUUCUCCCUCAACAACUACCCUCCCGGGGAUCCCCGGCUGGCCGGGGCCAAGCUCUGGGAGCAGGGCUUCUUGGAGGAGGUUCGAGCCUUUCAGCAGCGAAUGGCCGGCACGUUCCAAGUCACGUUCAUGGCAGAGCGCUCCCUGGAGGACGAGAUCAGCCGGACCACAGCCCAGGACCUGCCUGUCUUUGCUGUCAGCUACCUGGUCAUCUUCUUGUACAUCUCCCUGGCCCUGGGCAGCUACACCAGCUGGCGCAGUGUGCUGGUGGACGCCAAGGUCACCCUGGGCCUGGGCGGGGUGGCCGUGGUGCUGGGAGCUGUCAUGGCCUCCAUGGGCCUCUUCUCCUACCUGGGCGUCCCCUCCUCCCUGGUGGUCCUUCAAGUGGUGCCUUUCCUCGUGCUGGCCGUGGGGGCGGACAACAUCUUCAUCUUCGUCCUCGAGUACCAGAGGCUGCCGCGGAGGCCGGGGGAGCGGCGGGAGGCCCACAUUGGCCGGGCGCUGAGCAGCGUGGGGCCCAGCAUGCUCCUCUGCAGCAUCUCCGAGGCCAUCUGCUUCUUCCUGGGCGCCCUGACCCCCAUGCCCGCCGUGCGGACCUUCGCGCUGACCUCUGGCCUCGCGGUGAUCCUGGACUUCCUGCUGCAGAUGUCGGCGUUUGUGGCCCUGGUGGCCCUCGAUAGCAGGAGGCAGGAGGCCUCCUUGCUGGACGUCUGCUGCUGCCUUCGUGCUCAGGAGCUGCCCCCGCAGGGCCAGAGCGAGGGGCUCCUGCUCCGGUUCUUUCGCAAGGUCUAUGCUCCCUUCCUGUUGCACCGGGUCACCCGUGUGGUCGUGCUGCUGCUGUUCCUGGCCCUGUUCGGGGUGUGUCUCUAUUUCAUGUGCCACAUCAGUGUGGGGCUGGACCAGGAGCUGGCUCUGCCCAAGGACUCGUACCUGCUCGACUAUUUCCUCUUUCUGAACCGCUACUUUGAGGUGGGGGCCCCAGUCUACUUUGUCACCACUGGGGGCUACAACUUCUCCAGCAAGGUGGGCAUGAACAACAUCUGCUCCAGCGCUGGUUGUGAAAGCUUCUCUUUAACCCAGAAGAUCCAGUAUGCCACUGAGUUCCCUGAGCAGUCUUACUUGGCCAUCCCGGCCUCCUCCUGGGUGGAUGACUUCAUCGACUGGCUGACGCCGUCCUCUUGCUGCCGCAUCUAUAUCUCUGGCCCCAACAAGGAUGAGUUCUGCCCCUCAACCGUCAACUCGCUGGCCUGCCUGAAGAACUGCGUGGGCUUCACCUUCGGCCCUGUGAGGCCCUCGGCGGAACAGUUCCACAAGUACCUUCCCUGGUUCCUCAACGACCCCCCCAACAUCAAAUGUCCCAAAGGCGGCCUGGCAGCAUACAGCACCUCGGUGGAUUUGGGCCCCGACGGCCAGGUUCUAGCCUCACGCUUCAUGGCCUACCACAAGCCCCUGAAGAACUCGCAGGACUACACGGAGGCUCUGCGGGCAACGCGGGCACUGGCGGCCAACAUCACUGCCGACCUUCGGAAGGUGCCCGGCACCGACCCGGCCUUCGAGGUUUUCCCCUACACGAUCACCAACGUGUUCUACGAGCAGUACCUGACGGUGGUACCUGAGGGGCUCUUCAUGCUCGGCCUCUGCCUGUUGCCCACCUUUGCUGUCUGCUGCCUCCUGCUGGGCAUGGACCUCCGCUCUGGCCUCCUCAACCUCUUCUCCAUCGUCAUGAUCCUGGUGGACACUGUGGGCUUCAUGGCCCUGUGGGGCAUCAGCUACAACGCUGUGUCCCUCAUCAACCUGGUCACGGCAGUGGGCAUCUCCGUGGAGUUCGUGUCCCACAUCACACGCUCCUUCGCGGUCAGCACCAAGCCCACACGGCUGGAGAGGGCCAAGGAGGCGACCAUCUCCAUGGGCAGUGCGGUUUUCGCUGGGGUGGCCAUGACCAACCUGCCCGGCAUCCUCGUUCUGGGCUUGGCCAAGGCCCAGCUCAUCCAGAUCUUCUUCUUCCGUCUCAACCUCCUCAUCACCCUGCUGGGCCUGCUGCACGGCCUGGCCUUCUUGCCCAUCAUCCUCAGCUACCUGGGGCCUGAUGUCAACACAGCUCUGGUGCUGGAGCAGAGGCGGGCAGAGGAGGUGGUCGCGGCCGGCUCGGCCUCCCGUUCGAAGCCGUCCUCCCCAGCAAGCCAGGACAAUGGCGCCCAUGACAACCACAGCUUUGAACAUUCUGACAAGAGUGUGGGUGGCCUCAGCGACUCUCCAUCCCAGUGAGCAGAGCUCCAACCGGGCUCCGGGGUCCACGAGGGCUCCCGUGGGGACCUUGACCCGUCUGCCCCUCAGGGCCUGGGAGAGGGUGUCCCUGUGGGAGUGCCCACAUGGGGACUCCCUCUGGACACCAGGUGCACCAUGGGCCCUCCACCUGGGCAGCAGGUCCCUGGUUUCCAAGUCAUUCAAGCCUUGGUCAGCAUAAUCUUGCCUCCUUCUUCCCGGGACUUGGGUCUUGGGGUUCGGAAACAGAUGCACACUGGUUCCAGACAGACUCUCGCACAGCUGCCCAUGUCCACCCCCCUUCCACCUUUAUGGGGCAAAAAGGCCCAUUAUGGUGCAAGUCUUUGACACACUUCAGUGUCCUUGAGAACACAGAGCAGGACCCCACCCUGCAGAAGGCCAGGGAGGGGCUUCCUGCUGGUGGGGGAGGGCAGAACGUUCUGGAAAACACUCUGGUCAUGGAUUGACCCCACUAGAAAAUGCCGUUCCGUUAGGCUCCAACUCCAAUGAUUAUUAUUGUUGCCGCUAGUCAGGGCUGCCCGUGUGUCUGCAGGACAGGCAGGCCCUUUCCCGUCUGUCCUACACCUGGAGCGCGGGCCGUGGGCUCAAAGCAGCCCAGCCUGAGCUUCCUGGAAGGAUAAGCCGAGGAGCACACCUACUCCAUGUGGUGCCGACAGGGAACUUAAUAAAUGUCUGUGCACAUGGGAGACUUACUGUCUGUUGAGCAGAAAUUGGGUUUUAUGUCUCAUAUCCUCUGGGUUUAAGACGCUUUUGUUUUUUUUGUUGUUUUUUUUUAAUCCUCACCCGAGGACAUUUUUCCAUUUUUUGUUCAGGCAGAGUGGGAGGGAGAGAG